AUGGCCAGCAUUGCGUCGCAUCAUAUAUACCAACAACCUCAUUAUCACGCGACAACACCUCCUGUGAUGCCUCGCCACUCUCUUUUAAACGCUUCCUCAUAUGGCAAAGUUGCUCCUUCAGCCCACUCUCCCGCUUCGUUAGACAAGCGUUGGGGGUCACACGCCAACUUGGCGAUCGCUUCCAUUGACAAGGGUCGUCAUCAUCCUUGCUCAGACGAAAAGACAGACUCAUUCCCAUCUUCUCAAGUGAGCAGAACGAAGGGGCAGUCUCACAGAACCAGGAGAAACUCAAUGUUCCCGUGGCGCUCACUAAACAGCCAACGUUGCAGCCAAUGUUGGAGUCAUAUUCGUAUAUCUCACUGCAUUAAAGUAUUGAUUACGGGCUUUUCAUGGCGCCCCUCUCGUAUUUAA